AGUCCUAAUGUCUCUCUAAUGCAGAGGAUGUCAGACAUGCUGUCGAGAUGGUUUGAAGAAGCUAGUGAAGUUGCACAAAGCAAUCGAGGACGAGGAAGAUCACGGUCCAGAGGUGGGACUAGUCGGGCAGAUGCUCCUGCUACUAAUAACAUGCCACCUAGUACAGAAUCAGAAACUGCAAUGGAAGUAGAUGGUUCUGAACAACUUCCAUCAUCUUCCUCUUCUACAAUGUCAGCCCAAGCUCCUUCAACAUCAUCUUCAACAGAAAGUCCUCCUUCAACUUCAUUAUUGUCCUCUCCUGAUAACGAACAAAGGCCUUCUUUAGGGGCCUCAGCUCAACCUGUGCUCCAUCAGUCUGAUUCUCCUUCUUCUGUGGUUAACAAACAGCUUGGAUCCAUGUCACUUGAUGAGCAACAGGAUAAUAAGAGUGAUAAACCACGAACAGGAACAGGUGAACCGGUUUUAAGUUUGCACUACAGUACAGAAGGAACGACUACAAGCACGAUAAAACUGGACUUCACUGAUGAGUGGAGCAGCACAAAUUCAAGCUCUAGAGGGAGUGGAAGUCAUUGCAAAACUGAAGGCCAAGAAGACGCUAUAAAAACAAAAGCCUCAGAAGAAUCAGGGCCUGAAGAUGAAAAAACAAGAGUUCCUGAUGAAUCUCACAAGGAAGACGCAAGUGCUGAAGAACUGAAAACUACAGAUGAAACUGUAGAGAUGACAGAAGCAAAUAAAGCUGGUCCUGAGCAUUCUGGAAUCCAACCAGAAGAAAAUGGCCCCAGUAUUGACGCUGUCUCUGGAAAUGGAGUGGAAGAAGCCUCCUGUGAAAAAAGUGCAAAUCAAGAAAUUUCAAAUCAAAGUACUGAAUCCACUGCCAACUCGCUUGCUGCAAACGAUGAACCUCAGCCACACCCAGAAUCCUCAGGGCUUGCAACUCCAGACGAGUCCUCUACCAGGACCUCAGCUCUCCAAGAAACUGAUGAUAGUGAUGAUGAUCCUGUUCUGAUCCCAGGGGCAAGGUAUCGAGGAGGACCAGGACACAGACGAUCUGCUGUUGCCCGCAUUCAGGAGCUCUUCAGAAGGAGGAAAGAAAGAAAAGAAAUGGAAGAACUGGAAACAUUGAAUAUUAGACGUCCUUUAAUAAAGGUGGUUUAUAAAGGUCAUCGGAACUCCCGAACAAUGAUAAAGGAAGCCAAUUUUUGGGGAUCUAACUUUGUCAUGAGUGGUUCAGACUGUGGCCAUAUUUUUAUAUGGGAUCGACAUACUGCUGAACAUCUCAUGUUGCUGGAAGCUGAUAAUCAUGUGGUGAACUGUCUUCAGCCUCAUCCAUUUGACCCAA